ACCCCUGGUGCCGCCAUGCUCGAGCAGCUCUACGGAAAGCACGCUGCCGCGCUCUAUGCCCAGGUGCGGAGCUUCUCUCCCUCUUGUCCUGACCCCUUCUAAGUGCAUGCCUCUCUGUCUUCCUCGUGGCUGCGAGUUAGUUGUCUGCUCUCGAACUGAUUUCUUGACCUGUUGACUUGAUUGGUCUGUGAAAACGAGAACUCUGGAAGAUGUACUUCAUGUAUUCCUGUCGCUAUGAUUACUUUCCUGAAUAUCACAGCGAACACAAUGAUGACUCAAUUCUGUAUGCAUCAGUGUGUUGACCUUUAGUUUUGCACUAUGCGAUCAUUUGUGUGAUUGACAGUUCGUUCUCUGGAGAGAUGUUUCCAUGUUGUUGUGCUGCUUCCAUUUGAAUGCUUUGUGCUUCUUGGAACAGAAUCCUUGUUUCAUAUUGUUCCUUUGUCAUGUUCCUCGAAGGUCAAAUCUGUCUUGCUCUUCUAGCUCAAAAUCAUAAACUAGUACGAACGGAAGCUGACUCAGAUCUCCAGGCCGCUGAUUUCAACAAGACCGCAAGGUUCUACUACAUGAAGGCCCAGGAUGCCUACUACCUUGCUAACGCCCAGGCUUCUUACGAUGACUGGCGCCGUGCAAGGAGACAGUGGGAUUACUUCUACCGCAGGAAGUAAAUCUCAUUGUUUAUUGCGCGCUAGGGACCACGUGGGUUUAAAAGUGUGGAAUAAAUCUGGGAGAUCC